AUGGGGCCUUUAGAAAGUGCCAUUACAGGAGCGGUAGCGUCCACUCUUGCAGACACUAUCGUGUACCCACUAGAUGUGGCCAAAACCUUGAUCCAAACCCAGAAGAAGCGAGAUAUCGAAACAGAUGACAAAGACCAGCAUCAUGAAGUAUAUUACAAGAAUACUCUGGAUGCAUUAUUGAGAGUAGUGAAUGCAAAAGGGGUUUGUGGCCUGUACCAAGGUCUCAUGGCGUCCACUAUUGCCGGGUUCUUACAAAGUUUCUCGUACUUUUUCUGGUAUAGCAUCGUGCGGAAGACCUUCUUCAGAUUCAAGCUCCUCAGAGGCAAGGGGGUCCAAUUCUCUACGCCAGAAGAAUUACUUUUGGGUGUCAUGGCUGCUGCCAUUUCGCAGUUGUUCACCAGUCCUAUGGGCGUAAUCUCGAAGCGACAGCAAACAGCCAUGUCCAAGAACGGCAAAGUUGGAUUCAAGGACGUUCUGAAGCAAAUAUAUGAUGACCAAAAUAGUAUCACUGGAUUUUGGAGAGGUUUGAAAGUGUCUUUGAUAUUAACUAUAAACCCCUCAAUAACCUAUGCAUCGUAUGAGAAAUUAACGCAACUGUUCAUCUCGGCGUCCAGUGCGCGUGGCAGAACAGAGCUAAAAGAUACCGCGGCCCAACUGUCGCCGCGCCAAAAUUUCAUUCUAGGGGUAGCAUCGAAAAUGAUCUCCACCAUCAUCACUCAACCGUUGAUUCUUUCCAAGGCCUGGUUGCAGCGCACAGGCUCUCAAUUCCACUCAUUUCAGGAAGUUCUGAUUUACCUGUAUACCCAUGAGGGCGUUUUAUCUCUCUGGAAAGGGCUGGCUCCACAACUUUCGAAGGGCCUGCUAGUGCAAGGUCUUCUGCUCAUGUUCAAAGGUGAGCUCAUUAAGUUGAUGCAAAGACUAUUCUUUCGCUUACGACUGCUUCGAAAUGCACAACCUAGGGUGCGUAUUAGCUAG